GACAAGCAAAAAAAAUCGUCUUGCCUUCAAGCUGGUUUCUGCGCUCGGUCGAGGACAAUCGAGAUAACGCAGCCAAGUUGCCUUGCGGUACAAGCAGCUUCUGCUUUGGGCAUGACCUGUAAUAUGGAUGCAUGUGCUUGCACCAUGGAAAUAAAUCUUUGGCGCGUCAAACGGCGUGGUCCAGCAACAGACGAAUUUUUCAAACUUGUCGAAGCAGGGUCGAGAACUUCGUUGUGUCAUCCAUCCAAGAUGACUCAAAUGUUCGAAAGACAGACUACCCAGUGGAUGGUUCAGCACGACACCAUAACCAUCAUCAACAAGGAUGUUGAUUGUGAAGACGCUUCACAAGAAAUGUUGGAGUGUAAGUGCAAGAAUAAAAGCGGUGGAAUUUGUCAUGUCGUCAAGCCCAACAAGACACCUCGCUGCUUUCUCGAGAAUCCUGGCCCAGAUGGAAGAUGUCAGUGUACGGCAAAUCAAUUGGAUUAUACAGGUCAGUGUGCAG